UUUCUUCCCAAGCGCGGCGGAGUAAUUUCUCACGCGAGAGGGGGAGUCCAUCGCACCGGCAUCAUGAGCCUCUUAAACAAGCCCAAAAGUGAGAUGACCCCUGAAGAACUGCAGAAGCGGGAGGAGGAAGAAUUCAAUACAGGGCCUUUGUCAGUACUCACACAAUCCGUUAAAAAUAAUACCCAGGUGCUAAUCAAUUGUCGCAAUAACAAGAAGCUUCUGGGGCGUGUCAAGGCCUUUGACAGGCACUGCAACAUGGUGUUAGAAAACGUCAAGGAGAUGUGGACCGAGGUGCCCAAGAGUGGGAAGGGCAAGAAGAAGUCCAAGCCAGUCAACAAGGACCGCUACAUCUCGAAGAUGUUCCUGCGGGGAGAUUCAGUCAUUGUAGUGCUGAGGAAUCCCCUUAUUGCUGGCAAGUAACAGGCUGAGGAGGCUCACGAGCCUGGCAAUGCCAGGAUGCUAUAUUUCAGGUCCUUGUCAAGAGAGUGGAAUAUUUUGCCCAUAACUUUGAUAUUUUUCCAUUGAUAUUUUGCCCAUACGAAGCAGGGAUAUCACUGUGAACCGUCUGCCUUUCAAAUGUUUCUUGUGUCAGAAGUAUUCAGUUCCCUGAUCAGCUGAUACAGAAUUCCCACUUCACGUUGGUAUGUUCUUGCAUGCGGGUUUUUGAUUUUUCCU